GCGUAAUUAUAUCACUUUCGUUUUUUUUUUCAUCUUCUUUUCUAUUUUAAAUAAUAUUUUGAGAACAUGAAGGAGAAACAAUAUGAAGAUGUUGAGUCAAAAUUGGCCAAUUUGUCGCGGUCUAUGCCUAAUUUACCGAAAAUGUUAAAUUUGGACGAAAAAAAGUAUCUUUUGGCAAUUGAAAGAGGUGAUUUAUCCAAUGUAAGAAGAAUGCUCCAGAGAGCUAUAAGAAGGAAAACCUUUAAUAUAAAUUGCGUAGAUAGUUUGGGACGUGGUGCGUUAACAAUAGCUAUAGAUCAGGAAAAUUUAGAAAUGGUAGAGUUACUGGUAGUGAUGGGAGUAGAAACAAAAGACGCUUUGUUAUAUGCCAUAAGUGUGGAGUUUGUAGAAGCAGUGGAACUACUUUUGGAACAUGAAGAAUUAAUCCACAAAGAAGGAGAACCAUACAUUUGGCAAAAGGUUGAUAUGAACACGGCUAUAUUUACUCCAGAUAUUACUCCUUUAAUACUAGCAGCUCAUCGUAAUAAUUAUGAAAUUUUGAAAAUUCUACUGGAUAGAGGAGCAACAAUACCUAUGCCACAUGAUAUAAAAUGCGGAUGUGAAGAGUGUAUAAGCCAAUCAGAGGAAGACUCCUUACGUCAUUCGCUCUCAAGACUAAACGAAUACAAAGCAUUAGCAAGCCCAUCACUGAUAGCACUAUCUUCCAGCGAUCCUCUUUUAACAGCUUUCCAGCUAUCAUGGGAGUUAAGAAAUUUAGCUUUUGCUGAACCUGAAAGCAAAUCUGAAUAUAUGGCUUUGAGGAGUCAGUGUCAGCAAUUUGCUGUUGAUUUGCUCCAUCAAUCCCGAAACUCUCAAGAAUUGGCCAUCGUUUUAAACCAUGAUCCAGACAGUCCACCUUAUCAGCCAGGAGAUCACAUGAAAUUGGCCAGACUGGAACUGGCUAUUCAAUAUAAACAAAAGAAGUUUGUGGCUCAUCCAAAUAUUCAGCAACUGUUAGCUGCUUUAUGGUACGAAGGAGUACCAGGAUUCAGAAGAAAAUCGAAUACGAAAAAAAUUUUCAACAUUUUAAAAGUGGUUGUUUUGUUUCCGUUCUAUUGUUUAUUGUACACCAUAGCGCCUGAAAGUAAAACAGGAAAAUUGAUGAGAAAACCGUUCAUGAAGUUUCUUAUUCAUGCCGCAUCAUAUUUAUUUUUCCUGCUGCUCCUCAUCAUGGUUACACUCCGAGUUGAAGAUUAUUUUAUAGAACAUAAAUACGAAAAGCAAAGAGGAAAUCCACCAACCAUCAUAGAGCUAAUUGUACUAGUUUAUGUAUUUGGAUUUAUUCUUGAGGAAACCCAAGAAAUUUUCACAGAAGGCAUUAGAAGUUAUUUAAGAAAUUUGUGGAACUUUAUCGAUUUUACUAGAAAUUUAUUUUACACACUCACUUUUGUACUAAGGGCUAUAGCUUAUAUACAACAAAUAAAGGAAAUUGAGAUAGAUUCUGCUAAAGAAUUUCUUCGAAGAGAAGAUUGGGACGCGUUUGAUCCACAACUUGUAGCCGAAGGCUUGUUUGCAGCUGCUAAUAUAUUCAGUGCCUUAAAAUUGGUCCACAUGUUUUCAAUAGAUCCUCAUCUGGGCCCUCUACAAAUUUCUUUAGGUCGCAUGGUAAUUGAUAUCGUAAAGUUCUUCUUCAUUUAUACAUUGGUGCUGUUUGCAUUUGCUUGUGGUUUAAACCAAUUACUAUGGUACUUUUCUGAUUUGGAGAGACAGAAAUGUUAUCAUUUAGAAAAUGACAAACCUGAUUUUGAUAAUGCCACAGAUUCUUGUGUUAAAUGGAGACGUUUCGCAAACGUAUUUGAAUCGUCCCAAUCUCUAUUUUGGGCAAGUUUUGGCAUGGUCGAGUUAUCUAGCUUUGAACUGACGGGUAUCAAGACUUACACUCGGUUUUGGGGCUUGUUAAUGUUCGGAUCUUACUCCGUUAUUAACGUUAUAGUAUUGCUAAAUCUCUUGAUUGCGAUGAUGUCAAAUUCAUUUGCAAUGAUUGAAGAACAUUCGGAUAUCGAAUGGAAAUUUGCAAGGACAAAGUUAUGGAUGAGCUAUUUCGAGGAGUACGGAACAUUGCCUCCACCUUUUAACAUAUUUCCUAAGCCAAAAAACAUUCUAAAAUUUUUCGGUUGGCGAAAAAAAGAUAAAAUAAGGAGGAUGUCUACAAAGAGUCGAAAUCGUGAAGAAAAAGAAAGAGACUAUAGAUACACCGCGGUGAUGAGAGCUUUGGUAUGGAGAUACAUAUCAGCUAUGCAUAGGAAGUAUGAAGAAAGUGAUGUAACUGAAGACGAUGUGAAUGAAAUCAAAAGUGAUAUCUCUUCAUUUAGAUACGAGUUGCUAGAGAUAUUAAAUAAAAAUGGCAUGGACAUCUCGUCAGCUGAACAUAAAGAAAAAGCUGUAUUGGGAAAAAAAAUGAAAGUUUGGGAGAGAAGACUAAUGAAAGACUUUAAGGUGGAACCGGUAUCGAUAGAAGAAUCAGAAGAAAUAUUUAGUUUGCCACCGGAAGAUGAAACUUCUUUAGCUAGGUUUAGGAGAAUAGCUCGUAUGGCCAUUAGAGGUCCAAAUUUAAACAAAUGGCAUCAAGUUGUAAGAGGAGCAUGUAUAGCAUCGCAAAUCGGUAGGUGCCAUACCAGAGAUUCUUUAAAAAAACAACAGAACCUGCAAAAAGCCAUGGAAGAAGCAAAGAAAUUUUCGUCAUACAGUCCGGAUUAUUCUAGGGCUACUACUCCACUAAAUUUACCAGAUUUUACUGGAGAAGAAAUUGUUAGAUUAAUAAAAGGCGAGGCUUCGCCACGUGACCAAGCUACACCAUCUCAUACAUAUCAUGAAGGUUUACAAUUUUAUAAGGAUAUUCAGUCUAAACCAGUUGAAAAUGAUGUCGAUGGGACUACAGUUAAAGCUGUAGUUAAAAAAGAUGCAAAUCAAGAACUUUUGCUUAAAAUUGAUUCAAGAACAUUUAAAAAUGAUAGAGGAAACACACCGACUACUACAGGAAGUGUUCCAGAAUCAAAUGCAUUUGGAAUACAGGCAAUGCAAGAGAGAUUGGUAACUUCACGAUCACCUUCCCCACUAUUACUUCCUACCGAGUCUCCACCUCGAACUCCCACGCCAAUGAGUCAACGUAAUAUACAAAGGAUAGGCAACACCAAGAAGACCAAGUCUAGAUGUGGAUGGCUAUAAAAGUUAAUUUAAAUUAUUAUAUUUUUU